AGUCGAGUUUCGUACUUCCAGUCAAACAAUCAGCUAUGCAGUCAAGACACUGCGUGCCGUAGACUAACGCGUACAGACAUCCUUUUUUCGGGGCUUGUAUACAAACAGACAGACAUACUGUGCAUAACUGUAACUGUUUGUGAUUAAUUUUGUGUUUUGGGAAAAAAUAAAUUUAUGUGUAACACAGUGUAAAAAGUGCAGAAAGUAUGUUAAAGUGCUUAAAUUCGGCGAAAAAUACAAGAAAACAGUUAUAAAGCAUUAUUACUAACGAAAAAUAACGUAAGUUGCAAGUAAAAGAUACAAUAAAAUCCAAAAACAAAAUUAUGUAAAAAUUUUAAAAAAUAUAUAAAAUUAAAAAAUCAACUUGCAACACACAUAUACAACUUGCAACAAAUCGCCGCCGACAAUGCGUUGUCUUUAGUGUUGGCGCAGUGCUGAAGUAACAGCAACAUUCAAACACACCUAAAAUACAUGUGUGGCGUGUAUGUCAAAGCUUAUAACAAUAAUAACAAAGCAUAAAUAUAAAAACGCAAAGGAUAAUAAAGGAUAACUACUGAAUUCCGUUCAAAAGCGGUGCUGUUAGUUUUGCAUUCAGUUUGUUUCUGUUACACCGACACACACACACAUACAGUUAUUCGUUGUUGUUGUUGUUGCUGUGUUAUUAUCAUUGUUUCGGUUCGUGCAACGCUCCCUACAAUUGUUUGUUCGUUCGUUCGUGCGCCCGUUUUUCGACGUCUACUUUUUUUACAACAACAUAUAAAAGACUGUAUACAUACAAACGUUUUUCGCCGGUUCUCGUACUCUACUGUUUUCUAUGCGCAACGUUUUGCAUUUUCACUCUUUCGUCCUUCAUCCUUGUCGCCAGCAGCGCCAGUAGCUCAUGUGCAUUGAAAGCUUUUUGUCGGGGCAAGCGCCUCAUGCUAUGCAAUAACGGUACAACGGUAAAAGGAGUCGCAUAAUAAUAGUUGCUUGUUGGUGGAAAUUUGUCAUGUUGUUACCGUUAUAUACAUAGGUAUACACAUAUGCACAAACGUGUGUUCUCGUGAAGCAAACUGAGGCAAGCUGAGAGGAGGAGAAGCAGGCGAUGUGUUGAUUUUUUCGUCUGCUGAAUACCGUUACAUACACAGACAAGAGAGGAAGUAUAUUGAUCAGCAGGAAAAGCCAUGCAGGCAUAGAUACCGACAGUCAGCAGACGAGACAGACCCGCAUAGACAGACAGACAGACAGACAGUCAGUCGGUCGCUCCAACAUACAUACAUACAUAAAUACAUACCGAAAAAAUUCGACGGCGCUUGUUCCGUGAAAAAAGCUGCGCAUGAAGCACAACACCCAAACUACGCUACCACUACUACAACAACUACUACGGAAGAGAGACAGUAUAAAUUUUGAUCAUAUUCCAAAAUACGUUUUUAAGUACUUGCAACACAUUGCUUGCAACAUUACUAAGGUCGCAUUUGCGUCAGCAGCAGCUGUUUGUAGUAGCGCCGCGAGUGCUUGGUGUAUUUGUUUGCUCGCCAAUCGGCAGCCAUACGAGGAGUUGCCGGAGGAGACGCUCACAUACCACGUGCUAGAAACUACUGCCGGUUAUUGCUUUAGCCGCUGCUCGUACGCGGCGCAAUGGUCAGCAUGUCGACGUCCGCGACGCCGUAUAUCAGCGAUUGAAAUUCCGCUCAGCGCUCAAGACUGGCAACUUUUAUUUUCCGUUUCGGUUUUGCGACACACAACAUUCGCUACUUUUUAGAGAAGAAAAGCAAGAAAUAAUCAGAAAUAAACGAAAGGGAAGAAACAGCAAGCAUAAUGCCAGCCAGACGAUAAUGAAGUAACUCUGUACAUAUAUACAUAAUAUAUGAAUGUGUGUAUAUUUUAGUUCUACGUCAAAACUUCUACAUUCCUUCCUGCCAUAAUUGUUUUUUCGUCUAACUCAAACUAAAUUUAAUUUAAACUUUUAUAAAAAAAAAAGUUUUCUACUUAAAAUAUGCGCUGAGUGUUUGAAGUUAAAAUUUAUAUAUAUAAAUAUGUGUGUGUAUAUUCGUCGCUGUAAGUGAAGUAAACGGAAAAGAGGAAUAAAACUAUACGAAAGUUAUAGCAUGUAAAAUAAAUAAAUCGAAAAUAAAGAAAGCUAACGAAAUAUGUGAAAAGAAAUUAAAGAAGAAGAAGAAGAAACGAAGUAAAUAAGCAACAAAACUUUAUUGUGAUUUAAUAAAAUAAUAAUAACUACUAUACGAACAAGGCAAAUAAAAGCUAAAAUCAUAGAGGAAACUAACGAAAAUAACAAAAACUAACAAUUUGUUGCAUAAAAAGAAAUAAAAACGAAAAACAAAUAACAAAAAUGCUACUACACGAACCACAAAUCAAACGAAAAAUGUCGAUAAGUCGAUGUUGCCACAAUGCCAAUGAUGGCAUCACAACCAUCGCAGCGACGCAAGUCUUCCUCGUACUGACGCUGUUCGUGAUUGGGAAUCUAAGUGCCUGGCAGGAGAAUGUGCGGCCGAAACUUUAUGUGGAAUUAGGUCCUGAAGAUGUGCUAAAAUUUCUCGGAAACGAAAGUGUCGUGGAUCAUUUUAAGCUUGUCACGAAGGAUGGCAACAGCCUGCUUGUCGGUGCCAGAAACAUCGUCUACAAUCUGAGUAUACACGAUUUGUCAGAGCAGCAGCGUUUAGUGUGGCAAUCCACAGAGGAUGACGUCAAGAUGUGCAUUAUCAAAGGCAAAGCCGAGGAGGCAUGUCAAAAUUACAUUCGCAUCAUGGUAGUGACGUCGCCGGGUCGUUUGUUCGUGUGCGGCACCAAUUCAUUUCGGCCUAUGUGUAAUACAUACAUAAUCAACGAGUACAACUAUACCCAGGAGGCGAACAAAAGCGGCCAAGCCGUAUGUCCCUACGAUCCGCAUCACAAUUCAACAUCAGUAUUUGCUGAUAACGAGCUAUACUCUGGCACUGUGGCCGAUUUUAGCGGCAGUGAUCCGAUUAUCUAUCGUGAGCCGCUACAGACGGAGCAAUACGACAGCCUAAGCCUCAAUGCGCCAAAUUUUGUCAGCUCUUUUACACAGGGUGAUUUUGUGUAUUUUUUCUUCAGAGAAACGGCUGUCGAGUACAUCAAUUGCGGAAAGGCAAUUUACUCACGCGUCGCGCGUGUCUGCAAAUGGGACAAGGGCGGACCGCAUCGUUUUCGCAAUCGCUGGACGUCAUUCCUGAAAUCACGCCUCAACUGCUCCAUACCCGGCGAAUAUCCGUUCUACUUCAAUGAGAUACAAUCGGCUAGCAAUCUCGUCGAAGGACACUAUGGCCAAACAAGCGCCAAAUUGAUUUAUGGCGUUUUUAAUACGCCAACAAAUUCAAUUCCCGGCUCGGCAGUUUGUGCAUUCUCACUGCAGAAAAUCGCCGACACAUUCGAGGGCAACUUUAAGGAGCAGAGCAGCAUCAACUCAAAUUGGUUGCCAGUCAAUAAUGCCAAGGUGCCCGAACCGCGACCCGGCUCCUGUCACAAUGAUUCACGAACACUGCCGGAACCGACGUUGAAUUUCAUCAAAACACAUUCGCUAAUGGAUGAGAACGUUCCGGCGUUUUUCGGUCAACCAAUUUUGGUCAGGACGAGCACAAUUUAUCGCUUCACACAAAUCGCUGUGGAUGCGCAGAUAAAAACGCCCGGCGGAAAGACCUACGACGUAAUAUUCAUCGGCACAGAUCAUGGCAAAAUUAUUAAGUCCGUUAAUGCCGAAUCGGCUGAUUCGGAUGCGAAAGUAUCAUCAGUGGUGAUUGAGGAAAUCGAUGUGCUGCCAAAGAGUGAACCGAUUAGAAACUUGGAAAUUGUGCGCACAAUGCAGUAUGACCAACCAAAGGACGGCAGCUACGAUGACGGAAAAUUAAUCAUUGUCACCGAUAGCCAAGUGAUUGCAAUACAAUUGCAUCGCUGUCACGAUGACAAAAUCACCAGCUGUAGUGAGUGCGUAGCGCUGCAGGAUCCAUACUGUGCUUGGGAUAAAAUUGCUGGAAAAUGCCGUUCGCAUGGUGCGCCACGUUGGCUAGAGGAGAAUUAUUUCUAUCAGAAUGUUGCAACCGGGCAACAUGCGGCAUGCCCAUCAGGUAAAAUCAAUUCCAAGGAUGCGAAUGUCGGCGAACAGAAAGGCUAUCGUGACGAUAUGGAUUUGUUGGAUUCACGGCGCCAAGGCAAGGAUCAGGAGAUCAUCAAUAUUAUGGGUGAUAAAAAUUUCGAAGGUCCACAAAUUUCAGCAGAUAUUAUCAAUGCGCAGUAUACCGUCGAAACGCUCGUUAUGGCCGUCUUAGCUGGUUCAAUUUUCUCCCUAUUAGUGGGCUUCUUUACAGGCUACUUCUGUGGCCGACGCUGUCACAAGGAUGAGGACGACAAUUUGCCAUAUCCCGAUACGGAAUAUGAGUACUUUGAGCAGCGUCAAAAUGUCAAUCGCAUACAAGCCGAGCCCAAGCUUCUACCUCAAGUGGAGGAGGUGACGUACGCCGAACCGGUGCUCUUGCCACAGCCACCACCACAAAAUAAAAUGCAGCAUUCACCAAAGAGCACGCUACGCAAGCCCAUGCAUCAUCAUGGACCCAACUCCGAAACGCUCUUCCAAUUCCAGCCCGAUGGCUAUAAUACACAACAGACAUAUCGCGGUCGCGACAAUUUCGGCACACUGCGAUCGCAUCAGGUGAUGGGUGAUAAUUAUCGUCGUGGCGAUGGCUUUUCGACAACUCGCAGCGUUAAGAAGGCUGUAAACACAAAUACACGUAACAGAAGUCUUGGUCGUUUAAGAAGGCAGCCGCCCCGUCAUGGUAUUGUAACUCAGCACCGUUCGAAUAGUCCAGCACAACACUCCAGUUCCGGUUCAUCGCCGGUGAUGUCAAAUAGUAGUUCUAGUCCAGCGCCACCUUCUAGCAGUCCUAGUCCGCAGGAGAGCCCCAAGAAUUGUAGUUACAUUUACCGUGAUUGAUUGAUAUGUAAUACCAAAUCGAUGCCACUAAUUAAAACAACAACAGCAACAGCAACAACAGCAGCAGCAGUCAACGCAAGAGCAGCAAUGCAACAAGCAAACGCUACAACAACCACAACAUACACAACAACUAAUGGCGCAACAACAAAACCAACACAUGCAGCAGCGGCAGCAACAACAAUCACAGCUACGCGCAGCACAUGCGGCAAAGUGCGCACCACCAAGCUCGCCAAAUCCGUGCCAGCCACACCCGUACAACCGAAAUCACCAACUGCACACUUCAUAUCAACCUCACCCGAAUGUGAGGGUGGCCACGCAACAGUAGCAAACGCACAUGCCAUGUGCGACAAUGACGUUUACUACAACAAUUGCAACGAAUAUCUGCCACAUUCCUAUCCAAAUUUCACAUUCGAUCUCUCCGAAGACGACUCCAACGACGGCUACGAUGACGAGCUGGAGUUGGACGAUUCCUCGCUGGCGAUGAUUACACCGCCACCACCAUAUGUCGAUACACCGCUGCAACAGUAUGCGCCUGCGCACAUACUACCACCGCCGCCGCACGCCACACGUACGCGCCGCGCCGCAACAGCGCCACCGCCGCCCACACGCAAAAAACUCUUUCAGAAUCGUGAGAUCUUCAACAUCAACACGCCGCUGACGACAACGAUAACGCCGAGCAGCAGCAGCUUUGCCAGCGCCAUAACGCCAACAAAGUUGAGCGCUGCGGCGGCAGCGAUGUUUGCGGCACCACAAAUGGCGCAAUUGAACAAGAAGUGGACGCAGUUGCAUCGUAAACGGCGGCGGCGCAACAGCAGCUCCGGUGAUUCGAAGGAGUUGGACAAAUUGGUGUUGCAAUCGGUGGAUUGGGAUGAGAAUGAUAUCUAUUGAGGUGGUCGAAUGAAAGGCAGGCAUACGCUUAUGCUGCUUUUAGCGCGCUGUGCUUACAUGCAUACAUAUGUAUACUUUCGGCGUUUCUUUACUUGGCUUAAACGUAGUCUCGCAUGCAUACUUUUUCCAUUCGAAAUACAUACAUAUAUACAAAAUACAAGCAUAUAAUAUAAUAGUAAUCUACAUGCAUACAUAUACAUAUAUAGUAUACUCAUAAUUUAAAUGCAUACAUACAUACAUACUAAAAAGUAAAAGAAAAAUAAAAAGCAGAAGAAGCAAAGUACAUAGUAGUGUUAAGUGCGAAGAAGUAGGCAACAAUAACAGUAAAGUAAAAUAAGCGAAAAAGAGCGAGUAAUACCGCAAGCGUUAAUCACUUAGAAAUCGUAGCUGCAUUAGACUUUGUAUUCGGCAAAGUAAAGAUUUUUUGAGAAAUAUUUAAGUAAUAAUAAUAAUAAUAAUGAAACGAAAAAGGCAAGUUGAAUUAUUUGUGCAUGCGCAUACAUACAUACAUACAUGCCAACAAGCACACAGGCAUUUUGAGUUAUGUCUUCACACACACACAUCUUCAACUCGUUCAAGAACAUACAUACAACAGUUGUCCUGAAAACUACACAAACUAUGCGGUGUUCCAAACAUGUUCACACAAGUAUUUUGUAUAUUUUUUUUUUUUGUUCUCACUAGUAUUUUGUAAAUUUUUUUCAAACUUAUUUUAAUUAAAUAUUUUGUAAAUGUCUAGUGUAUAUACAAAAGUAAUAAUACGUAAACUUUUACCAUAGUAGUACUCAAAUAAGCUAUUUUAGGUAUGAUCUUCGAAUUCGAGUUCGAAUUUCAAACACUCGCAAAAUACGUUUCGCCCUAUAACGGUUGUGCGUGACUAGGGUAAAUUAUUAUUUUUGGUUUGUUUCUAUUUUUUUACUUAUUAUUAUUUUUUUUUUUUGAAAUCUGCUUAUGUUCAAUUAUGUAAUACCAAAUAAAUACAAAAAAA